CCUUACACGCAACAAGACCCGUCAGGCAUACUGCACAACGCAGCGUCGUAUGAUUAUCGAGGAACCUCUCAACAUAGCCGUGUGGACUCUCCAAGACAGCCUCCAUCAUCACUGCCUCCACCACUAUACCUACCGUUAUCAUCAGGGACGUCAGUUCUCUCUAGUCAAUCGGUUGGAUCUGUGAAUUCCAGCCAGACGCCCUCUGCGUCACAAGUCUACGCAAAUCAACAAUCCUUUUAUCCUGCUGCUUACAACCCAAGGAACCAGAAUUUCCAUAGUGAGUUGCAGCAUCGCAUCAACUCAAAGUGUGUAAUGCUGACAUCAGAAUCAGACUCAGAAACAAUGGCAGUUCAUCCGGUAGUGAAUCGCCAAAUGUAUCCCUCUGUCGGGCCCUACCAUCCAUCACAAACAGCAUCCCCGACAUCCAUGCAUUCGCACCACGAUCUCCAGGCUCGCGGUAUGUACAAUCAAGGGUUCGGAUACCCUCAACAGAUGUUCGCCUACCCUCAGUAUGCUCUACAUACGCAUCCAUUAUACGCUGCUCAACCUCCACCGCAAUCCUAUUCACCUGCAUCCCCGCCAGGAUCUGCAAUCUUGAUGUCUCAACCAACAACCUCGGCUGUCCAUUCGUCGCCUUCCCACGGUAUUACCGCAAGUCCUCGAACGAAGUUUGAACCACCGCACAUGAAACUCGAGUAUCCUCUCGUGAAGACCGAACAAAGUUAUAUUCAAAGACCCAUGUCAAGCAUUGGAACAGCUUCUUCUGGAGCAGCUGCAACUUCGUCCCCUCCAUCUGGAAGCGGAGCCAACACAGCAGCGCCAGGUCCAAUUCCUGCCACAACCCCUCUGGUCGUACGCCAAGAUCAGAACGGUGUGCAAUGGAUUGCGUUCGAGUACUCGCGAGAUAGAGUGAAGAUGGAGUAUCAAAUCCGUUGCGAUGUCGAGUCUGUGGUGAUCGACGAGUUGACUCCUGAGUUCAAAACAGCGAAUUGUGUUUAUCCAGGAGCAUACAGCGGCAAAGAAGGCUAUAAAGGCAACAGACUUCACUAUGAGACUGAAUGUAAUGCCGUUGGCUGGGCGUUAGCACAUCUUAACCCGGCACUAAGGGAGAAGCGCGGUCUGAUCCAACGCGCUGUGGAUAGCUGGCGCAACAGCAACCAGGACCCUCGCUUGCGGAGCCGACGAGUACGAAGACAGGCUAAGAUUAACACUCGAAAGGCACAACUACGCCAGGUUUCGCUUUCCCCCACCGAUGUCCUUGCAUCGCGAGUUCCGCCAGCCAUGUCUAUGGACUCAGCGAGACCGGCGACAUCACUCAGCAUGAAUGCUGGUCAGCUACAUCAUCAUCACUCGACAACAGAUGGUAGCGGAGGCGAAAGCGCACAUUCGUUCCUGAAUCACCACAGCCCUCCGAGUAGUCUCUCUCUUGAUUCCCCUUUCGAAUCUCAUCGGAGGGACAGCCACUGUCCAACACUGUCAACAUCCUGUUCAACUGAAUCUGAUUCGUCAAUCACGACCAGCCAGAGUUUCAUCAAGGCAGAAGAAGACGACNAAAAGCCAUCGCUUUCUACUAAUGUCCCCGAAGGAAAGAAACGCAAAUUUAUCCUUGUUGACGAUCUUGCACGCGGAACACGGGUACGUGUUCACGUAGAGCUCGAUAACAUCAAACUGGAGGAGAUGCCCGACUAUCAUUUGCAGAAGAACAGCGUUUUUCCACGCCAGUUCUAUCCUCGCCAGAUGCAUGCACCUUCGCCUGGUCAAACCCAUCCAGAAGGGACUAACAACGAAUGCAGGAGAGAAGAAGAGAACAUCGCCUUGAAAAGUGGGAGUCUGGUCCAUGUGCCUCUACUCGAUGGCUCACAGACGCAACUUUCCAUUCCUGAAACGUCAAAGGAUCUUGAAGCCAAAGAAUGUGCACUUAACGAACUGGGUUAUCGGAUGAGUUGGAGGCAAGCGAAGACGUUCAACGAAAGAACCAUGUUCAUGCAGAAGUCACUCGAUGCUUACCGGGAAAAGACGUGGAGUUCAAUAGUGGCCUCUGGCCAACACGACCCGUGUUUUGCUUCGCACUUUGAGGUCCGAACAGGCAAACGUAGAUGGUCAGAGCGUAAUGGAUUUGGUGGUCCUUCACCUUGA